AAAAAGAAAUUUUUGCAAUUAAAAUGAGAUGGAGGAGUAAAACAUUUGAUCACAUCAGAUCAGUAUGAAAUCUUAGGUGAUAUGUGUAGUGAGAAUUGAAUUCCAAAUUCUGGUAUAUAUCCAUCUAUUUGUAAGGCGGUGAAAGGAAUUAACUCAAUUUGGGGAAUCAAAUUACAAAUUCGACGUGAUAAGACACAGGAUCAUGCGAUUAGGGUUUUCGAUUCGAUUCUCAUCAAUUGCUUGGAGUCCUUGAAUUUGGCAAAAUUGACAUGCUCAAACAUGGCAGAAGGUGACGAUUUCCGCAGAAUUACAAAAAUAUGGGCUAACUCUCCUAAAGAAGAAGAUAAUGGCAAGAAAUUGUGGGGCAGCAUUGUGCUCUUCAGUUUGAUUGGCGCCACUGCAACUACCUUUGCUGUUGGACAACUGAGACAGUUGGGACGAACUGUUGAUUGGCUUUCUUCCCAGUUGUCCAGGAUGCAGUCAGGGAAAAGAGCAAGUGGUUCUUUUAGAUCAUCUUUCCAGGAGGAAGCUCGGAGAAGGUACAGAAAGAGGAUGCAAGAGGAAUAUGAAGAAGAGCUGGAGAGAGUAGAGCGUAUACGUCGCAUGCAAAAUGUGUUUAACAGAGAAAGAAACAAGUUUAAAAGAAGCUAUGAGAGCUGGAGAGAAAAUGGAGAGAACGGGACUGGUACAUAUCAUCAGCAUUUCCAGCGGGAGGAUUGGUAUUGGACAGCUGAGUCAUCCUUCAGAGAUCGGAAGACAAACUAUAAACAGACGCCUCAAUACAGUGGAACUUAUUCUUUAUCUCGCCACUAUGCAGUUCUGGGACUCGACAGGUCAAGAACAAAACCAUAUACGGACGAUGAGAUUAAGUCAGCCUUCAGGGCAAAGGCGUUGGAGUUUCAUCCUGAUCAGAACCAGGAUAAUAAAGAUGCUGCUGAAGCAAAGUUUAAAGAGGUAUUGACAUCAUACGAGGCUAUAAAAUCUGAAAGGAAAGAAUCUAAAUAGAGAACAAGUAACAUGUACAACAGAUCACUGAUUAGUGCAGAAACGAGUCUUCUAUACAUUGAGCUAUUUGGUAAACUAGCUCGGCAAGGCUACCUAUCUGUUUCUCUGCAAUAUGUACCGUGCUUUCUGAAAGUCAGAGAGCUAGUGUUGUAAUCUAGGAUCCUCCUUGUUCUUUCAUUGAUCAAUUAUCAGCCUCCUAAAAAAUGUGAGGGACUAACGUGUUGCUAAUGCAUCCCUCUCUCGCUUUACAGGAUGUGAAAAAAUAAAAAAUCCCAUGAUCCCACUACUGUAUAAAGCUACACCUUUUUGUAUGAUGUAUAUUUUGGUGAUCAUCAAUGUUAUAGUGCCUUAAUGAAUCUUCUGUUGUAGGCUGUAUAGCAUUCACCCAUAUGUUCAAAACAGUAGCUAGUUCAUUUUUCUAGUUGCUAAGAAGUACAUGUUAUUCAGAUGUUGGCUGGUUACACAUUUAUGUAUAUGUGUUGAUAUGAAACUCUUUUAUCCUAAUUACAUUCUUCUA